CAACUGUCUUCAUCUUGGCAGGGCCGUGUGACCUUUGAGGAUGUGGCUGUCUACUUCUCCUGGGAGGAGUGGGGGCUCCUUGAGGAAGCCCAGAGACUUCUGUACCGCAGUGUGAUGCUGGAAAACUUUGCACUGAUGGCCUCUCUGGGACUUGCGUCUUCCAGGUCCCAUGAAAUUACCCAGCUGGAGAGGUGGGGAGAGCCCUUUCUGUCUGCCUGUGGAGUCAUGACUAUGGCCGUGCAGAAAGGUUGCUGGUGUGGAGCAGAGGCUGAGGAGGCGACUUCCGAGCAGGGUGUCAAUGUAGAAGGAGAGCUCAGAGCAAACCUGCACCAACACCCGAAGCUGCACUGUGGAGAGAAACCCUUAAGAAGAGAAGAGGAGGGGCAGAGUGAGAAGGAAUCCCUGACUAGCUCUGGCCUUAACCAUCAGGAGACUCACAGCAGAAGGGAGCCACAUAGGAACACCGAAAUUGGGGAGGCCUUUUGUCCUGGAAAAAGGCGUUACAAGUGCAGUGAAUGUGGAAAAGCUUUUGGUCAGAAAUACUUACUUGUUCAGCACCAGAGACUACACACUGGAGAAAAGCCUUACGAAUGCAGCGAAUGCAGGAAAUUAUUUAGCCAUAAGUCCAACCUUUUUAUACACCAAAUAGUUCACACUGGUGAAAGGCCUUAUGGGUGCAGUGAAUGUGGAAAAUCCUUUAGCCGCAAUGCCGACCUCAUUCAACACCAGAGAGUUCACACUGGAGAAAAGCCUUUUACAUGCAGUGAAUGUGGGAAAGCCUUCAGACAUAAUUCCACACUUGUUCAGCACCACAGAAUCCACACUGGAGUAAGGCCUUAUGAGUGCAGCGAGUGUGGGAAAUUCUUUAGCUUCAACUCAAGCCUCAUGAAACACCAGAGAGUUCACACUGGAGAGAGACCUUAUAAGUGCAGUGUAUGUGGGAAAUUCUAUAGCCACAAGUCAAGCCUUAUCAAUCAUUGGAGAGUUCACACUGGAGAAAAGCCUUAUGAGUGCAGGGAAUGUGGGAAAUUUUUUAGCCAAAGCUCUAGCCUCAUGCAACACCACAAAGUUCACACUGGAGAAAAGCCUUUUAAGUGCAAUGAAUGUGGAAGAUUCUUUAGCGAGAAUUCCAGCCUCGUUAAACAUCAGAGGGUUCACACUGGAGCAAGACCUUAUGAGUGCAGGGAAUGUGGGAAAUUUUUUCGCCACAGCUCCAGCCUUGUUAAACAUCGGAGGAUUCACACUGGAGAGAUGCCUUAUGAGUGCAGUGAUUGUGGGAAAUCGUUUAGCCAGCGUUUCAACCUCAUGCAACACCAGAAAGUUCACAGAGAAGUCUUGAAUGCAGCUAAUGUGGAAAAGCCUUUACCCAAAGAUCUGCUCUGAUUCAGCAACAGAAACUUCACAACCCAGAUAGGCCUUAUGAAUGCAGUGAAUGUGAAGAGAGGCAUCAGACAAAGGCUUAAUUAACCUUGUUUGGCGCCAGAAAGUUCAGACUGAAGAACGGCCUUAGACGUGCAGGGCUUGUGCUAUCUCCUCGUCAAACUAACCUAACAGAGAAGCUCUGAGAAUAGCUCUUAUCAGGGAGCCAGAAAUUGAAAAUCAGUCAUCCAGAUAUACCCCCUGGGGGCAGGAUGAGAAUUUCUGGCAUCCUAACCCUCCUGAGAAGAUAGCCCUCUGCCUGGGAGCUCCAAGGGGAGAGAGCUCUGUGUUCUUGGCUGUAUCAGUUUGGAGUGGAGUUUUCAUCUCUCUGAGUUUGGAAGAGGGGGAGAGGGAGUGGUCUUGGUUCAGAUGCGACUGGCACUUGCUGUUCUUACUGAAUAUUAGAUUUUUCUUAAACAGAUGUUUCUUCAUUUGCUAUAUAUCCUUAGGAACAUUUCCAGAGACUUUAAAUUGUGUUUUAAUAAUUUCCACCAUUUUUAAUGGGAAGCAGGCCCACAAAGCUUCUCACACUGUCAUGCUGGAAGUUGAUCCAAAUAUUUUACUUUUUAAGAACUUGCCAAAUUGUAUUCUAAAUGGGUAUGCCAUGUCACGUUUCCUCCUGGAGUAUACUGGAAUGUCUAGUUUUUUCACAUCCUGCUGACCUUUGUAUAUAAGAUAGGCCAUUCAUUUUAGCUGUUCUAAUAGGUGUGUAGUAGUGUUCCUUUGUUUUAAUUUGCAUUUCUCUAAUGACUCACUGUUGACCAUUUUCCCUUAUGUUUAUCUGCCAUCGUAUAUCUUCUUCAGUGAAUUAUCUGUUCAUAUCUUUUGCCUACUAUUAAAAUAAUUGUUUUGCACUUUAA